AUGGACCGCAUUGAGAAGUUUCUGAGCAGAAGGCCGGUCAAAAACAGACGCAGAGUCAAAUGCAACGGAAGAGAGCAUGUAAUAACAAAGGAGGACGUAAAAGCAAUUAGGAUGUUCAGAAAGAACAUCUGCAUGGAUCCGGAUGUUGACCUGUACAGGCCGUUGAAUCUGAGCUUCAGCAGAAAGACAAUGGAUGGGCCAAUACUGGAAAAGAAAGAGCGUUCAGAUAACAGACAGAGCACGCACAGCACAUCAAGAAUGCGUAGAAAGAGUAGAGUGAAGCGCAUGCCACAAAAAGAUUACGAGCAGCCCAUUAACACGAUAUCGGAUGUAUGGGCAGACGAGGGAAUGAACGAUCUGAAUGCAUAUGAGCAAGACAUCUUUGUAAAUGCUGAGGAGCAGUAUGCUGGAGUUGUUGAACACCUGUCUUAUCGAAGCGAAGAUCUUAAAAAAAGCCUCAGAAAGAUAUACUUGAGGCUGUAUGAUCCAAGAGAAAAGAAGGAGUUCAGGCUUAGAGACUUUGUGAAGGAAAUGCCAAAGCCAGAAACACUUGGCCCUUUUCCAAAGGAAAUCGGGCUGUCUUACUGCCUUGAGCAGCUAGCUAGGAUCAGUGUUCAUGAAAGCCACAAGAUGUUUGCAGCAUGCAAGGGCAAUGUUCUAGAGGUGUAUGAGUUUGAUGGGUUCACCAAGGUUUUUGAGAUUGGGUUUGAUUCAGAUGUAAGAGCGGCAAGGUUUGCACAGGACGGACUGAUUUGCGUGCUUGUGGGGGAUUCGGUGUAUUUUGUGAGCACUGGGCAUGGAUUAAGUGGUAUUGAGAUGAUUGCCGAUGCAUUCAGUGUGGUGGAGCUGAAGCUGAGGAAGCGGUGCAUAGGCGGAUGGGACGAGCAACUAUGUGCCUGUGCUGUGCUGAAGAGCAGCAAGAAAGUGAAUAGCAUGGAAGUGCAUCAGAACGGAAGAUAUCUUGGAACAGUAUCUGGAAAGGAGAUAAUGGUAUGCGAUCUAGCGAACUGGAAGGCGAUGAAGGUGUGCCUGGACAAGGGCAAAACUCCGUUGAAGAUGAGAUUCCACAGAACGCUUUCCAGGAUAAUUGUUUCGACGACCAAUUCGAUUGUGGUCUACGACCUUGUGUCUCGAAAGACGGUAUGCGAGGGUGUAGGAAUGUCGUUUGUGCUUGACUUUUGCAUUGUGAAUGACAGUGUGGUUGCAUUAGUAAACAACCUGAGCAAGGUAGUGCUGUAUGACCAUGUGAGGAACGAGAUUGCCAGGACGAUGGCUCAGGAGGAGAUUGGAAUUGAGGUUGUGCACCAUAGAAGAUACAACUUGAUGUGUGUGUCGUAUCCAAGCGAGACUAUUGUAUUCUACAACGAUGUUUCGAACGAUCUUGUUGUUCCUUUGCACCGGAUUCGCGGGAAGUACAGGGACUUAGCAUUCCACCCCAUACUUCCAUGGCUGUAUGGAGUCACUGGAGAGACGCUGCAUGUUUUUACUUAG